ACAUUGUGCCUUUUCAUCACUAGGACAGUGAGGCAGAGCUGAAGGCUGAGCUUGGAAACUCGCUGCACUACAUCACAUUCACUAAUUGCACCAUCUGUGGACUGUUGUUGUGCUUGUUUUUACAAAUCCUCCAAACGCUGCGUCGCUUUCAGCAGAUGGGUCCGUGUGGCCAGCUCGCUUCCCCUCAAUUCAGCUGCUGCACUAACUAGUUCUCCAAGUUUGGGACUAAUGAACUUGUGAGAACACUCGGCGAUUUUGGAUACGGACGCGCGUUUUCUGCGUACGCGCGCCGUCUUGACGCGCGGACUUUAUUUGGUCGCGACUUGAUUAGUGUUUUCAUUUUUUUCUUCUUAUUUUUUUUUCCUCUUCCGUCCAUCUGCAUCUGAAGGAAGUGGAAGGAAAUAGGAGAGUCCACGCUCAGCCGCCGGUCUCGUGGCUCCUUUGUAUACAACAGCUGCAGCAGCUGUGUGUAAAUGCAUUGGCACACAGCGUCUCCUGCUCCGUGAUCCCCACAGUCCACCCUACGCGUGGGCUUCAUUUAGGAAUGAAGCGACUGAGCCAGGUGUAGAAGAGGAAUAUCAAAACUUUACCUAUACAGUCCGUUUCAUUCACCCCUAUAAAAAGCGGGGCUCCGUGUAUCGCCGCCUGUCUCUCUCCGUCUCUCCCUUGCGCUUGGAUUGUAAACGGCAGCAAAAAACAAAUUGAGCUCCGUGCAGAGCUGCGCGGCGACGACACACACACGAACACACAAACACACCACCAUGGAUGUAAGAUUUUACCCCACUGCUGGUGGGAAUCCUAUUCCAGGAGAUCCACCUAACCUGGAUUUUGCGCACUGUUUGGGCUACUACAACUUCAACAAGUUUCAAAACAACAACAACUACAUGAACAUGGCAGAGGCGAAUGGUGCGCUGCUCGCUGCAGGCGAUACCUUUCAUACGCCAAGUUUGGGUGAUGAGGAGUUUGAGAUUCCUCCAAUUACACCUCCACCAGAGAUGGAGUCUGGUCUGGGUCUAUCGGAAGUGGACUCACCUUUCCCAGCAAUGCCAGAACCCCCAGGUCCACACAGGGGUCCGUUAAUCCCUCAGUUCCCCCCUCAGAGCCUGGAUCUGCCAUCCAUUACCAUCUCACGCAACAUGAUGGAUCAGGAAGGGAUGACUGUCAACAAUGGGCAACCUGUGAACGUGGGCUCGGGCCACCUUCGCCAGUACCCACCUAACCCAGCCAUGGUGAUGAAGUCCAUCAUCAGCAUGAACAGCUCCAAUGGGAUGAUAGCCCGGAAUCAGCUGACCACUAUCAACCAAUCCCAGCUCAACACACAGAACCUAAACAUGGCAGGACCCAACAUCACCCAUACCUCCCCGUCUCCACCGGCCAGCAAGUCUGCCACACCAUCACCCUCCAGCUCCAUAAAUGAAGAUGACCAGGAUGACGGCAACAGGGUCAUUGGUGAGAAGCGACCAGCUCCCAUAGAUCCCACAAAGAAACCCAAGACUCCUAAGAAGAAGAAGAAGAAGGAUCCCAAUGAGCCUCAGAAGCCAGUGUCCGCUUAUGCCCUGUUCUUCAGAGACACCCAGGCCGCCAUCAAGGGUCAAAAUCCCAACGCCACCUUUGGGGAGGUGUCCAAGAUUGUGGCCUCCAUGUGGGAUGGUCUUGGAGAGGAGCAGAAGCAGGUUUACAAAAGCAAAACAGAAGCUGCCAAGAAAGAAUAUUUAAAAGCCCUUGCCGCAUACCGUGCUAGUCUGGUUUCCAAGGCUGCAGCAGAAUCCGCUGAGGCCCAGACUAUCCGCUCAGUGCAGCAGACCUUGGCCUCCACCAGCCUGUCCCCGGGCCUGGUGCUGUCUUCACCCCUCAACCAGCACCCUUCCAUGUCGCCAGCAUCCCAGGCCCUUCAACGGGCCAUUGCCCCAAAGCCUCUGCAGAUGAGACUAGGAGGCAAUCAGAUUGUGACCUCUGUCACAGUUUCCCACCAGAACAUGUCUGGUGGGAUCCCACCACAGUUGCUUGGCCAGAUGGGUAGUGGAGGUGGGGGCAUGGUGGCAGGUGCCCAGUCCACGGCAGUGUCUCAGAUGAGCCCGCCCAUGCAACCGGUGCAGCAGCAGCAUUCGAUGCAGCAGCUCCAGCAACAGCAGCAGCAGAUGCAGCAGCACCUCCAGCACCAUCAGAUGCAGCAGCAGCAGAUGCAUCACCAGCAGAUCCAGCAACAGAUGCAGCAUCAGCAUUUCCAACACCACCUCCAGCAACAGCUGCAGCAGCAUCACAUGCAGCAGCAGCAGCAGCAGCAACAGCAACAACAGCAGCAGCAGCAGCAGCAGCAGCAACAACAGCAGCAGCAGCAGCAGCAGCAACAGCAGCAACAACAACAGCAAAUGCAGCUGCAGCAAAUGCAGAUGCACCAUCAGCUGCAUCAGCAGCAGAUUCAACAUCUCCAGCAGCAACAGCAGCAGCAGCAGCAUCAGUCCCAGUGUUCCCCACCCCAGCACUCUCCCGGUACACCCGGUGCGUCACUGGGCAGCCCCCAGCCUCCCCCACAGCAGCAGCCACACCCCUCCCAAAUCCAGGCCCAUGCUCAGGUCCUGUCCCAGGUCAGCAUUUACUGAGCCAAAUGGAAAUCCUAUCUCAAAGAACAGGAAUAAAAUAAAAGCAUCAUUCCAUGUUGCUUUUCUAAGUUGCACUUAAGAAGUGUGUAAGAUUUAGAAUGUUAAACAAAGAACUUGUCCAUUGUUAUAGACGGAUAUGCACAUGCAUGUACAGGAGUUAAACAUGUUAGCUGGGGUUUUGUCUAUAAAAUAGGCUGAACUGCGACGGUUGCGGCGACCGCCCAGCAAUUGUUUAUUUGUUUGUGAGGUCUUUUUCAGUUGUCGAUUUGAACUUACUGGGGGCACACGGUGUGUCUUUUGCUGUUUUAUUUAACAAUAAAUCUUAUUUAUGAGGCCAGAGUUGUCAAUUCACUGCAGCAAAACGAAAUUCUUUUUCCGGGUUUUAGUAGGAUUUGUAUCCGUUGUUUCCUGGACGUAAUGACUCACAGGAUCCUUGCUGGAAACAAGUAACCCACACAUCAGUCUUUGUUCUGACACUGGGCAAAAUAUAACGACACUUUUGUUUACUUCAACCGUUCUCCUUCACCGGGCGUCUCGCAGCUGUUAACCGUUGAAAUGGCACGGAGGAAUCGAGUCAAAUCGAGUCGCGCGCUCGUCGGAGCGCCUGGCGAUAUUUCAACACGUUCAAACCACAUCGCAAACAUUGUCGUAGAGAAUAAGGGGAACUGGAAAUAUGGCUGAACGGACUCAGACAAAGACUGCCAUAAAUCAUUUAUGUAAUCACAUCAUCAAACUGUAGCUGUAAUCUGCUGUACAUGUUUUGUAGAGUGGGGAGAGCUGAGACCUCCUUUAUCCAGUAAUCUACCCUCCAGGUGAUUUGCCCCAAAGCAUUUAAACCGACACAACCCAACCAACACCCCCCCCUUCGUGAAGAAGUCGUCUUUAAUCUAUUUGUUUUUACUUCAGAUGUUUAACAAUUAAAUUAUGUUUUUAUUUUGUGAAGCAAAAGGGGGAUAUUUUAUGGGAAAUGCUCAUUUCUGGAUCAAGGAAGAUGGUUUGGGGAUUGAUGUAUUUUUAUUCUGCUUAUUGAUACCGUCUUUGUUUAAAAGAAGGGGGGAAAAAAAAGGAGAAACUAGCAGAGCCAGUUUGUUGCACUGCCAAAGCCAACUGAAAAGAUAUCGGAGGUAUUUUUUGCCAGCUGUAUAGUCCCUGAGAAAAAGGAAAUGUUGUACAUUUUUCAUAUCACCUGUUGUAAAGUUUUAAUAUGUGAGGCUUUAAUUAAAACAUUGUUAAAUGA